AUGAAAUCUUCUACGGAUACUAUAGAUAAUAUAAAAAAUGAAGACAAUAUAGAAAAUGAAGAAUUUCAAGAAGAUUUUAACAAUAUUAAAUUUCCACCCGAGUUAGAGGCUUCGAUAUCUCAAAUACUUCAAACUAAUGAUCCAUUGGAUAGCAAUGAUUUUAAUCCUAUAGAAUAUCUUAACCAAAUGCUCCCAAAUGAACAAGCAUUGGCUUCUGUCGAUGUGACAACUAAAAAGCUUCAAGCCAAAAUGCGACAAUUGAGUGAGGAUAUCAAGGAACUUUCUAGGUUGCAAACUGAUGGUGGACAACGAGGACCAGAAGAAGUCGCAGAGGCUAAGAAAGCAAUAGAGGAACUUUUUGAUAGAAUAAGACAAAUCAAAGAGAAAGCAUCACAAUCAGAAACAAUGGUGCAAGAAAUAACCAAAGAUAUUAAAUCAUUGGAUUAUGCUAAGAAGCAUUUAACAAUUUCAAUUACUGCUUUGAAGCGAUUGCAAAUGCUUGUUACUGCCGUAGAUCAAUUAAAAAUAAUGGCACAGAUGAAACAAUAUAAGGAAACAUCGCAACUUUUACAAGCUGUUCUACAACUUAGUUCAUAUUUUAAAAGUUACAAAAGUAUUAAACGAAUAGCAGAAUUAUCAUCUUCGGUGAACACAUUCCAGAAUGAUCUAAAGAGGCAGAUUUUUGAAGAUUUUGAGUCUAGUUUUGCUAUUGAUGGAGGUUUCAGUAGUCAGACAACACUUUUGGCCAACGCAUGUUUAGUAAUUGAUAUAAUGGGUUUAGAUGUCAGAUCACAACUAAUGAAAUGGUAUUGUGAGAAACAACUAAAUGAUUACAAGAAAAUAUUUCGAGGAAGUGAUGAGGAUUUAGUAAAAACACUUGCAAAGACUAACGAGUUGGAUGUAAAGACAUUGCUCAAAAAUUUACAAUUGACAAUUGAGUUUGAAAAUCAACUGACAAAGCGUUUUUCUAACAUGGUACAAGCAUUAAUAUUUUAUAUGAUAUACCAGCUGCAACUAAAAACUAAAACUAUAUCCACAGCAUUUGAGCCUUACCUAGGGCUUUACAUUGAAGCGGAGGAUAGUACAUUAUCGGGAAUGAUUAAUUCAUAUCACACGGAAGCGCUCCCGGAUGAAGAAGUUUCAUCUUCAGUGUUGCAAUCGAGCAUAGAUUUAUUCUACUUUUAUCGUGAAACACUUGCUAAUUGUGCAAAAUUAUCAACUCGACAACCUUUUUAUGAUUUAUGUAACAUGUUUGCUAAAUGGCUUCGCAUCUAUGCGAGUGAAGUUUUGAUAGGAAGGCUUCCAAAGGAAGAACGCCGAGCAAUAACUCGUGAUGAAUUAAAAUUGAUAUGUUUUAUAAUUAAUACAGCAGAUUAUUGUUAUGUUACAACCUCACAGCUUGAAGAUAAAUUAAAAGAUACUAUAGACCAAGAUUAUAAAGAAAAAAUAAAUUUUGAUGAAGAACGUAAUCAUUUCCUAAAUGUGGUAACUACAUCUGUUAGAGCAUUGAUCCGUGGGAUAGAGUCGUCCUAUGAUCCUGCACUUGUAGCUAUGACAAAAUUACCAUGGAGUAAUCUAGAAUCAGUUGGAGAUCAAUCAGAAUAUGUUACUCUAUUCAAUAGAACGAUGUUAAGUUGUGUUGUUGGUGUUCAUAAAGAUAUCACCAAUAACCGAUAUUUUAGAACUUUCUGUGACAAAUUUGUUGAAUCAUUUGUUAUUAAAUUUACAAAUAAUUUAAUAAAAUGCAAACCAAUAUCUGAAAUAGGAGCAGAGCAGAUGUUACUCGACGUUCAUGCGUUGAAAACAUCAUUAUUGGAAAUGCCAACGAUGGGUAUGGAAAAUCCAGCACCACCACCACCGACGUUUAUCAAAAUUGUGAAUAAAGGAAUUAGUAAAGCGGAAACUAUCUUGAAGACAGUUCUUACUCCGCAUGACCCACCUGAAGGAUUAGUUGAGAAUUAUAUUUUAUUGAUAGCAGAUAAAAAUAUUAGUAAUUUUCAAAAAAUAUUAGAUAUCAAGGGUAUAAAGAAAAACGAACAACAACCGCUAAUAGAAAUAUUUCACCAAAAAAUACACGGACAUCCGACAUUAUCGGAAAACUCGAACAUCAUGUCAUCACUUACGUCAUCAUCAACAUUAAUCACAUCAGCACAGUUAUCACAAUUUAUAACACCAGGUUCAUUCCUUAAUAAUGUACCGAGUGAGAAUAAGUUUAAUGCAGUAAAUUUUAAAAAAGUUUUAAGUGGUAGAAAUUGGAUAAAGAAGGAUGGUAAUGACGGGACAAAAAAGGAUGAUGAUAAGGUUUAA